CUUGGAGCGCGAAACAUGGCCGGGCUAGGCGCUGGUGGUGGUGGUGGUGGCGGUGGCUACGAGGGCGACGACAGCGUGUUCGAGGCGGCCGUGGAGGUGUUCGCGAAGCUGAAGGACCUCAACUGCCCCUUCCUCAAGGGUCUUUACAUCACAGAACCACAGACCAUUCAGGAACUGCUGUGCAGCCCCUCGAAGUACCGCUUGGAAAUCCUGGAGUGGAUGUGUACACGGGUCUCUCCUUCCUGGCAGGACAAGUUCAGCUCGCCAAAGGCGACCCCGGCUGAGGUGAAGAUCCAAGAGAUGGUGAAAUUAGGCCACGAGCUGAUGUUGUGUGGGCCAGAUGACCAGGAGCUCCUGAAGGGCCGGGCCUGUGCCCAGAAGCAACUGCACUUCCUGGACCAGCUGCUGGACGUGAUCCGGAGCUUGACCAUCGGAUAUUCCAGCUGCUCCAGUGCGAAGGAGCACUUUGAGGACACCAGGGAGAAGAAUGAGGCGCUGCUGGGGGAGCUGUUCUCCAGCUCCCACCUACAGAUGCUCCUGAGCCCCAAGUGUGACCCGUGGCCCCUGGACAUGCAGCCCCUCCUCGACAAGCAGAGUGAUGAUUGGCCGAGGGCCAGCCCCUCUGUCGAGUUGGAGGAGGAGAAGGCGUUGGAGCUGGUCAGGCAGCUGCAGGAGAGCGCUGUUAAGCUGCAGGCACUCAGGGUAGAGUACUUUGUGCAACACCAGCAAGGGGCUGAGAUGAACAGGGCCGACACCGGCACCCUGGACCAGAAGCUGCGCCUGGUUGUCUCUGACUUCCACCAGCUUGUUGUGGCUUUCCUCCAAGUCUAUGACGAUGAGCUGGCUGAGUGCUGCCAACGCCCAGGCCCCUACCUCCACCCGUGCGGCCCCAUCAUCCAGGCCGUGUGCCAGAUUCUGACGUCAUGCAGCCAACUGUUGAAAGCAGUCAUGGAGGUCACUGGCAUCUGGGCUGAAACCGUGGAGAUGGUGAAGCAGCAGCAGAGUGAGCAGAUCUUUUGGGGCAGCAACAGCUCUGAGAUGAGUCUAGCCACCAAAAUGGAAGAAGUAACCCAGAAAUAUAAGAUCUUCAACGACGGUCUGCGCAAAGGCGCAGGGUCGGCUGGGAGCAGGAGGCUCCGACUCAGAGAGCCAGGCAGCCGGGAAGGGCUGAGCCAUCAUCAGGAGAAGCACUUACAGCCCCCGUAUUCUCUGGGCACAGCCUCCAAAUGCCUGGCGCCUUCAGCUCCUUGGGAGGGGGAGGGAGGAAGGGGUCAGAGGUGGGGCAGGACAGCCGUGUGAGCUGGAGAGAAAG